GACUGGUCAGUGAUUAAAUUUGAAAUAAAAUGGGAAAAUCUGUUACAAUUGAUAAUUUUUUCCAAAGGAAGAGAGGAAAUGAAUUAAGUCCUGCUGCUCCUAUAACCCCUUCACUAGCCUCAAAUGACAAUGAUCUUCCAUUUGAAAAUCCUCCUAAAAGAUUUCAAAAUCCAGAUGGUGAAGAAGUUGAUCUUAAUUCCUUAGAGCGUGAUCCAGGCUUGCGUCGACAAAUAUGGGAAUACCCUCUUGACCAACGGGAGGAGAUUCGUCGAGCAUAUUUGAAUCUAAAGGCAUAUCAACCUAUUCUUCAAGAUUAUCCAUUAAAUAAGGAUAUUAAGCAUCCUCGAAGAUUUCAAUUUACUUGGUAUGAGCUAUUUCAUUGGUUGGAGUAUUCACCGGCGAAAGAUAAAGCAUAUUGCUUUCCAUGUUUUCUCUUCAACAAGCCAUCAGGGUGCAAAAAUCAAACUGCUUUUGUUGUUGAUGGUUUUGAUAGUUGGAAGAAAGUUCGAAGCGGAAAAGCAUGUGCUUUCCUAGGCCAUAUAGGAAAAGAUAAUGUAUCUUCACUCCAUCGUAAUGCUGAAAAGGCAUGUGAGGAUUUGAUGAACCAACCGCAGCAUAUAUAAAGGCGAUUCGACAACUUCAAUGCUGAACAAAUUGCAACAGAUCGUCUUCGGUUAAGAGCUCACAUACUUGUGGUGCGAUUGCUUGCACUCCAAGGGAUUUCGUUUAGAGGCCACGAUGAGAAAUCUAGUUCGUCCAAUCGUGGCAAUUUUCUUGAAUUUUUGGAUGUACUGGCCAUGGAGAAUGACUAACUUUCAAAGGCAAUUGUGAAAGCUCCCAAAAAUGCCAAAUAUACAAGUCAUGAUAUUCAAAAACAAAUACUUCAUGUGUUUUCAGUGAGAUUGAAAAAUGCAAUUCGUGAAGAAAUUGGAGUUGCCAAGUAUUGUAUCAUUGUUGAUGAAGCCCGUGAUGAGUCAAAAAAGAGCAAAUGUCUAUUGUGUUACGGUUUGUGGACACUAAUGGAUUCAUUCAAGAACGUUUUUUUGGGCUUGUUCAUGUUUCUGAUACUGCAGCUUUGACUUUAAAGAACGCCAUAUAUUCUGCUUUGGCUCAUUACAAUUUGGAUGUUCAAAAUAUUAGAGGUCAAGGUUACGAUGGGGCCAGUAAUAUGAGAGGUGAAUUCAAUGGAUUGCAAGCUUUGAUUAUGAAAGAUUGUAAGACUGCUUACUAUGUUCAUUGCUUUGCUCAUCGGCUACAGUUGGCUCUUGUUGCGGCAGCAAAAAAUCUGACUCCCAUUCAUAUGUUUUUUGAUAAAUUAAUUUCUAUAGUUAAUAUGGUUGGUGCUUCUUGCAAGCGUAAUGAUGAAUUGAAGAAAGCUCACGUGGAUGACAUUGCCCAUUUGAUUUCUAUUAAUGAACUCGAGACAGGGACUGGACUUAAUCAGAUUGGCACUUUACAACGAGCUGCUGAUACGCGUUGGAGUUCUCAUUUCAGAUCAUUAUCAAGUUUGAUCAGGAUGUUCAGUGCAGCAUGUACGGUGUUGCUCAAAGUUAUGGAGGAUGGGCUUUCUUCCCAACGAGCUGAUGCAACAUCUGUUUAUGAUGAAAUGACUUCAUUCGAUUUUGUAUUUAUCUUACAUCUAAUGAGUGAGAUUAUGGGGAUCACAGAUUUUCUUUGCCAGACUUUACAAAGGAAGUCUUAAGACAUUUCGAAUGCAAUGGAGCUUGUGUCAUCUACAAAAAGAUUACUACAAGAGUUAAGGGAUGACAAGUGGGAUAAUUUGCUUGAAAAAGUGAAGUCUUUUUGUGUGGCUCGUAACAUUAAUAUUCCUGAUUUUAGUGCUCAGUAUGUUGAUAGACGACGUCGAGCUCGUGGUCAUCAAGACAUCACCAUUGGGCAGCAUUAUCGAGUAGACUUUUUUUAUGCCGCGAUCGAUUCACAAAUGCAAGAAAUUAAUGUGCGUUUUAGUAAAGAUGCGACAGAAUUGCUCAUGCUUAGUUCUGCCUUAAAUCCUCAAAAUGCAUCUGAGGCUUUGAGAAUACAAGAUAUAUGCAAAUUGUUUGGCAAGUUUUAUGCACAAGAUUUUACAAGUGAAGAAAAAGAGAGUUUGAAGAUGCAACUGAAACAUUAUGAGCAUAAUGUAGUCAAAGGGUCAGACUUCAAAACUCUUUCAACCAUUUCUGAGUUGUGUUAAUGAACGAUCAUUCUCAGCUAUGAAUAUCGUCAAGACUAGGCUUCGAAGCAAAAUGGAGGAUGCUUUCCUCUCCGACGUAUUAAUGGUAUUUAUUGAAAGAGAAAUUGUUAAAAGUCUGAGCAUUGAUGCUAUCAUUGAAGACUUUGAAAAAUUUAAGGAACGUCGAAUUCCUUUUAGUUAGAGAAAUUUUAGUUAUAAAAAAAUAGAUGAUGCUUAUUUGACUAUUUUCUAUAUAAUAUUUUUGUCUUCCUCUUUUGAAAUAUUUUGGAGAUAUUGAUGUUGGCUAUUUUACUCGUUUUAUUUGGGUUGUGGUAUAUCUCUUGUGAAUAAAAUUACAUUAAGAAAAUUUUUUAUUUAUCUUUUGUACGCGGCCCCCCAGAACUAAAAUCCUGGAUCCGACCCUGACCGUCGAUCGAAGUUCUUGAAAUUCUGUAUUCAGCAAUUGACGCAUUUAGGGUUUCUUUUUAUUUAAAUUUAAAGUUAUACUCAGGGUUAUAAUUGUUUUCUCAGUUUGUUCUUCUCUUUAUCAA